AUGCGUUUCUCCUUUGUCCUUGCCACUGUUGUUGUUUUGACAGCAGCAAUAUUUGCCAAUGGGGACGACAACAUAGUAGGGAAUGCAAAACGUGCGAUUAUGCGAAGUGGACUCACCAACAUGGUAGAUCAUUUUUAUAAAUCGGGGUGCGAUGUGGACAAGUUGUCGAACGGGUGUAGUACAGUUAGCUUGAACGAUUCGGGUUUGAAAGAGCAGGAUGCCUUUACGAAUGGGAGAAUUGAACUACACACAAAAAACCGCAUAAGUAACACUUCAUACGAGUCGAUGGCAUCAGCGUUUGCACAUACAUAUUGUCCACGCACAAUGAGGAGCGCGAUGGACGAGGGGACCCUGCAUUGGGAUUUCAAGCCAAAGAACACAGUAGGAAAGACCAUGGUAGCGUGCGAUGACAUGGGCGUCGUAGAAUGGUGCCUCGGAGGAGAAGGCUGCGUAGAUGAGGGCGUCCACGCGCACAUUGCUAUAGCAGCCUAA